AUGUCGUCGAAACUAGUACCGUCCGACCCGACCGCCGUUAUGGUGAUACGCGAUGUCGUUCCACGCGUUAUCACCACUCUAUCAGUUCCCUUUUGGAGAUUCGGUCGCAUAAAGAUUGGCGGAAGAGGAACAAUCGUGCGCCUCGAAUCCGGUGCGCUUGCGGUCUUCUCUCCUGUCGCGCUGACCGACGAUGUCAAGCAGAAGGUCUCCGAGAUGGGCGAAGUGAAGUACAUUGCAGCCCUGGAUGCAGAACACCACAUCUUCCUUGGUCCCUGGCACAAGGAAUACCCUAACGCGCAAGUCAUGGGCCCCGACGUCCUCCCCGAAAAGCGCGAAAAGCAAAACGACGAAAAAGUCCCCUUCUCCAUCCUCUUUGGCGAAAAUAAGCGCGUCGAGUCCAUAUCACCCGAGUUCGACGCUGAGUUCGACUGGGAGUACGUCCCCUCGCACAUCAACAAGGAGCUCGUUUUCCACCACCGUCCUACCCGCACUCUCAUCCAGGCAGACCUCAUGUUCAACCUGCCUGCUACAGAGCAGUUUAGCAAAACGGGUAUUGAUGCGAACAGUGGCAUUCUGACAAAGAUCUUCACGGCCUUGCAGGGUACCAAGGGCGACGCGAAGUGGCAGCAGCGCACCAUCUGGUAUGGGACUAGUGCAAAGGACAGGAAGGGUUUUGCUGCUAGUAUGGAGAGGAUCAACAAAUGGGGAUUCAACAGGAUUAUUCCUUGUCACGGAGAUGUCAUGGAGGGAGAUGGCAAGGGAAUCUUUGAGAAGGUUAUGAAGUGGCAUCUGGAGGGAAAGAAGAGUACUUGA